GUCCUCCCAGUCAGAUCUGGCUGAACGUGACGUGCCGACUCGGAGCCGAGCGAGGUUUCCUGGCGGAGCUGCGGAGGGAGCAGGAGCCGAGCGGGUCUGUCUGUCUGUCGCCGCAGUCUGUGUGUCUGGCACACAAAAACCCUCAUUUUCGGCUUCCACGGUCCGGACACGGCAUCAGCGGCUAUGGAUCCAUCGCCGUCCUCCUCCUGUUUUCGCCACUGAGGGACCGUUGGAUGCUCCAGUGCCCAUAGAGGAGGGAAGGAGGAGGAGGGGGCAUCCCUGUCGUUCUUCGACUACCAGGCUGACUCACUGCUGGAGCGCCUGAACACAGAAGAAGAAGAAGAAGAAGGAGUUUGAGGGAACAAGAGUGCGAGGAACAUUGUAAAACAGAGCGAGUAGGAAGGAGGGAGGGAGAGCAGCAAAAAAGGUGAAGGAGGUGAGGAACACUAGGAGGGGGGAGAGACAGACGACAGCAAAGAGAAAGUCAAGUUGGGUCGGCAAGGUGAGAGGAGGAAAGAGAAAGUGAUAGUAGGAGAGAGAGAAAGAUAGAGAGACGGUAGAGACAGAUAGGGUGCAGCCGGACAGAUCUGAGGUCAGGUGGGUGCAGGUAGGUUGGAAGUCGAGCAGUCAGACCAACAGCUGACUGAGCUGCAGACAAAUCCACUGUCCCGCUACCCCUCCAACAACUGUCCCUUCACAGUCACCACACUGGGAGAACUGGGAGAACUGGUGACAAGGAGAAGCCACCAUGAGCGACCAGAACGUCGUCAAGGAAGGCUGGGUCCAGAAAAGAGGCGAGUAUAUCAAGAAUUGGCGACCGCGCUACUUUCUGCUAAAGACAGAUGGCUCUUUCAUUGGCUACAAGGACAAACCGCAGGACUCUGACCUGGCCUACCCGCUCAACAACUUCUCUGUAGCAAAAUGUCAACUGAUGAAGACGGAACGACCCAAGCCGAACACCUUCAUCAUCCGCUGUCUGCAGUGGACCACCGUCAUCGAGAGGACUUUUCAUGUCGACACUCCUGAUGAGAGGGACGAAUGGGCUGAGGCCAUCCAGAUGGUAGCAGAGUCCCUGGCAAAGCAGGAGGAGGAGGGCAUCCUGUGCAGCCCUACCUCCCAGAUCGAGAACGUCAAUGAGGAGGAGAUGGAUACCUCCAUCAGCCACUACAAACGAAAGACAAUGAAUGACUUUGACUAUCUGAAGCUUCUGGGCAAAGGCACUUUUGGAAAAGUCAUUCUGGUGAGGGAGAAGGCGAGCGGCACCUACUACGCCAUGAAGAUCCUCAAGAAAGAAGUCAUUAUAGCCAAGGAUGAAGUGGCUCACACACUCACAGAAAGUAGGGUAUUAAAAAACACUCGGCAUCCAUUCCUAACUUCUCUGAAGUACUCGUUCCAGACCAAGGAUCGGCUGUGCUUUGUAAUGGAGUACGUCAACGGAGGAGAGCUGUUUUUCCACUUGUCGAGAGAAAGAGUGUUCUCAGAGGACCGCACCCGUUUCUACGGCGCUGAGAUCGUAUCUGCUUUAGACUACCUACAUUCUGCCAAGAUCGUCUACCGUGACUUGAAGCUGGAGAACCUCAUGUUGGACAAAGAUGGCCACAUCAAGAUCACCGACUUUGGCCUCUGCAAAGAAGGCAUCACUGACACUGCCACAAUGAAGACCUUCUGUGGAACACCGGAGUAUCUGGCUCCUGAGGUGCUGGAGGACAAUGACUAUGGACGGGCAGUGGACUGGUGGGGUUUGGGCGUGGUGACGUAUGAGAUGAUGUGUGGCCGCCUGCCGUUCUACAACCAGGACCACGAGAAGCUGUUUGAGCUUAUCCUCAUGGAGGAGAUCAAGUUUCCACGAACCCUUUCAGCCGAUGCCAAGUCGCUGCUGUCAGGGCUGCUCAUCAAGGACCCCAACAAACGGCUGGGCGGCGGACCGGAUGACGCUAAGGAGAUCAUGCGGCACAGUUUCUUUGGCACAAUCGACUGGCAGGACGUCUACGACAAGAAGCUGGUCCCACCCUUCCAGCCUCAGGUCAGCUCAGAGACGGACACACGCUACUUCGACGAAGAGUUCACAGCACAGACCAUCACCAUCACUCCGCCGGAAAAGUAUGACGAGGACGGGAUGGACGCAGCGGACAACGAGCGAAGGCCUCAUUUCCCACAGUUCUCCUACUCAGCCAGUGGGCGGGAGUGAGCGCUCCGGCCCAGCCAGCCAGUAUCGUCCCCAUUCGUGGCCAUUUUGAGGAAAACACGUAGCCAUUUUAGGAAAAAAAAUACCAGUCUCCCCUCUUUUUCUCCUUCUCUGCCUCGUCGCAGGUGGGGAGAAGUCUUUUUAGGGACUUUAAAAGAGGUUUUUGCACAGUGGGAUAGACUCCAGCCGGUCUGCCCACACUAAAAAAUAAGUCUCCUUCAUUUUCAGCGCUAUUUACUGCAGAAGGCAAUGUUUUUGUUAUUUAUUUUUUUCUCUCUGUCAGUAUUAAGUUGUCAACCCGGGUUGCGUUCAUCUUUUUGUUUGUUGUAUCUGCCCUUUUCUUCUACUUCUUUUGACUUUUUGCACUUGGUUUGGAAGAGCCGUUUUAGGGAACAAAAACCAAAAAUGUUGCCUUACGUGUGCAGAUAUUUCGUAUCAUACCGACAGGGUGUUUCUUUUGUUCUUUAGGGAGAGGGCGGGCGGGUUUCGGGUUGUGAAGGGUCAUUCAUAGUUGAGAAUAAGUGCAUGGCUCGUGAUUCACUAAUAACAAAACAAAACCUACAAAAAAAUCUUGCUCAUACAUUUGCCAUGGCAGCGCACAUUCCCCAGUCCCAUGGCAAUGAAAUCACAGUCUACAGGUUGAAAAUGAUUUAAAAAAAACAAAGACAGAAAAUGAGAAUGGGCGAGUCUGUAUCAUUCCUUUCAUCGUUGCAGCGUGACUAUGUUUUUCUUUAACCCAUUUAUGUUUUCUUGCGCUUUACUUUUAAGUUGUACAUUUAUUUUGAAACAGAAAACACUAAACUGCCAGAAACUGCACAGUUCACUCAGGCGCCACAGAGCACAACCGCGUUCAAACUCAGCUAACCGCUCCAGCUUUCCACAGCCGGCAGGGGAACGAGGCCUUUCUCUGCUUUCUCACCGCUUCUCCUCCUCGUCCUCAUCUCUUCUGUUUCCUCAUCGUAGCUGUCGGACUAGUGGAAUGGAUGUUUACACAGGGAGAUGUGGCUUAAUGUAUGUAUGGAUGUACUGUAUGUAUGUAUGUGGGACAUGGGGGUCAACCUUAUGCUGUCAUAGCACACACACACACACACACACACACACACACACACACACACACACACACACACACACACACACACACACACACACACACACACACACACACACACAGGAAACAGCAGAGUUCUCCAGAAUGAUCAGACUGAAGUCGGCAGUUUGCUCCAACUCCAUCACAUUUGGUGUUUGUUUCUAUUUUAACGAGAGAUUUUGAAAUACUCAGCGCAGCCUCAGGUGUGUGUGUGUGUGUUUAUCAUGGUGUGUGUCCGGUGAAGCUGCUAGUUAAACCCAGGCUGUAGAUUUCUGAUUUUCAUAUUUUGACAAAUGUGUCAGCGUCCUUAAUUAAGUCCUCCCCAGUUCACUCGAAGACUUUUCCAUUAGACUUUGUAUGAAUUUCAUCUCCCUAACUGAUGCUGCGAUAAUCUGGAGGCCUCUAUUUAUUUAUUUAUUGCUCCAAACAUAAUCAAAUUUAAAACAACCCAGUCUAAAACUGGAUGACGCUUCAAAUCCUCGGAAAACUGAACAGGACAUAGCCUCAGUGCCCUCAGUAGUAAAAGGAAAUCUGCAACAUUUAUUCAGACCCCUAGUUUGUCAGCAGCAGUUCUGUAAGUGUGGGCGACAAGCUGUGUUCCUCUGACGGAAAACUUAUGGAUGGUUUUGGAGAUGUUUCUGCAGAAAACAGUUUGUCCUUUGGAGACCACAAAACUACGGAACUCAUUCAGACAGUAAAUUCGACCAAAAUGAAACUGUCCUGUAGUUUCUACUCGGUUGUCUGUUCUUCUGAAAACAUCUGGUAUACAAGCAGCUUUUUCAGUUUGUAACAGAUAAUUCCAGAGUUUGUGUGACCUGGAUUUACACUUGUGUAUGUAAAGAAUGUUCUGAAAAUUGAAAGUAAACACUAAAAAUACAGCAAGGGUGCAAAGCAGUAUCAGGUUUUCAUUGAUCCUGCUAUAUGAGACCCGAUCCACGAUCCAAUGCAGCUCAGAACAUGUCACUGAGGUCCUGUUGCUCUGUAUGUUUGCAUUUUAGAUGACGGUAUGCUAGUGUUCGAAAGUUUGGGGUCACUUAGAAAUGUCAUACAUAGUUGGACAAUAUGUCGGGCUUACUUUGCAUUACUGAACAUUCUCACAUAGAUACACUACUGCUCAAAAGGUUGGGGUCAUUUAGAAAUGUCCUUAUUUUUGAAAGAAAAGCAUUUUUUUCAAUGACAAUAACAUUAACUGAAUAAUAAAGUUAAUGUGGUAAAUGACUAUUCUAGCUGGAAAUGUCUGAUUUUUACUGGAAUAUCUCCAUAGAGGUACAGAGGAACAUUUCCAGCAACCAUCACUCCUGUGUUCUAAUGCUACAUUGUGUUAGCUAAUGGUGUUGAAAGGCUCACUGAUGAUUAGAAAACCCUUGUGCAGUUAUGUUAGCACAUGGAUAAAAGUGGGAGUUUUCAUGGAAAACAUGGAAUUGUCUGGGUGACCCAAAACUUUUGAACAAUACUAUAUACCCGUUGGUUCUGAGUUCAUGUCGGUUUUGGUCCAAAAUGUUUCACUUCUAUGCCAGCAACACAGUCAUAGCAGUCCAUGCAGCACUCCCACAGACUUGGUGAGUCCUGCCCACUAGUGCCCUGAGAGCUGCACAACUUUUCAUGAGGGACUUAGAAACCUUAAAAACCUUUGACUUAUUGAGAGGCACUUAAUCAGUGUUUUGUAAAUUAAAACUAGAGAUUCAGACAUCCCAAUGCUGUGAAUUUGCUGAGCAGAUCAAUGCUAAAUGAAAUGAUUCUUUGUGGCUGUCAAUCGGCCAUUUCACCUGUGAGAACACAUCAAAUCUGAUUUGUUCCUGGAGAACACUGCCGACUUAAAACCCUUAGGAUUCCUACACAUGUAUGGAGGGAUUCAGAAUUGGGUGAUAUGCAGGUCCUAAUGGUUUCUUUCUGACUCCCUGUCCUCCCAUACUGCUGAAGAACACAAUUCAUGUGUGGAGGUGAUGGAACAGGCCAGAGAAGUAUUACUGCAACAUAUCCAACAGUGAGGGAAAUGUUUUUUUGUUUUUUUUUAAGUUUGUGCAACUGUGCAGGAACCCUGAGAGCAGAUAGUGCUCAGCUUGUCAGUGUUUUCAGUCUGAAUUAGGAGAGGAACAAAGGCAGUUUUUAGACAAUAAAUCAUAGUGAGGAAAAUGGUAGUUUAUUACACAGACGCUAACAAAAACAAGGCUUCCAGCUCCAGAUGCAGGGGGUUCUACCCUCCUUUAUCCUGUCAGUAUUAUGGGAGAACUGUAUUUCCACACGUUUUUAAAUCGGAACUCUUGAGUAUCAACGAAUCGCUAAUCAUGUCACAGAUCACGAGAAAACUGAGCCGUGAGACACUCAUCUAUGAAGACUGUGAGGACUGCCAGAAAAAAGUCGAGUCACCCCAAACUUCUUGAUGUAAAUAUGCAAUGCCUUUUCUUUUUCCUUUUGGUCUUUGCAGACAAGACAUAAACUUUUUUUUCUGUGUGACUGUACUUCAAGCUUGCUGAUAAGAAUUGUGACAGAAAAAAUACAUAACGACCACAAACAACUCAAAACCUGCAUUUAAGAAGAAAAUAAAAAAUAAAAAAAUAAAGACUGUGUCAAAGACUGGACCCUUCCACUGAUUUAUUUUUCUUCGUUUGUUUCUGGGCUGAUACCCCAACUUGACUCGCUAUCGUCCACGGAUGUUUCCAUGGAGACAAACCCCAACCCUGCCUGCCUUUUUGCGUCACUGUGGUCCAUGAUCGGCGAUCAACUCCUGUAAAUUCUGUGAGGACAUGACUGUAACUGUGGAGUCUGCACUGUCACUUCUGUUCCCCUUCACCCUCCUUAAAAGAAAAAUACUAAGAGUGGGACCAUGGCUGACAAUUUUUUUUGUUUUUGUUUUUGCAGUGCUGGUUUCAUCAGGUUGUUCCAAUCCCAUCACCCCUUGUUCCUCCAUCCUCCUUUUUGUACCAUAGUGUUUGUUUUAUUUAUGUUUGUCAUUCUAGGCAGUGUUACCUUGUAUGUUGUUAAAAAGGCACCUCAUGAGAGUCGCUGAAAGUUGAUGAUGAUGAUGAUGAUGAUGGAUGCAUUAACUGAAGUCUUUUUUUUUUUUUUGGCUCAUUUGCUCGUUUGUUUUCUUACCAAAACAUUAGGGCAAGAACCCAGUAGUGGACUUGCUUUGCCGUGGUAGUAUUUAUUUUGAAUUAAAUUAAAAGAAAUACAUUUCAGGG